UCCCUAGGAAGUCGUAUGUACGCAGAUGCAGUGAAACAAGCGCCAUUUUGGGGACAAAAUUUAAACUUUCAGAAUGGAUGUGCUGAAACAGUGUGGAAUCAAAGAAACAGUGAAGAGUUUUGUGCAAAUAAUUUGAUUCACGUAUUUAGAAAAAGUACCGAAGAUGUGGUGGAUUGUUCAAAGCAUUACUCGCUUUUUCUACUAUUGUAUUCUUGAUUUCGUUUUCUUCAUCAUAGUUGACGCUUUCGCCAAAUUUACUAUUGGAGACACAAAUUCUAAAAGUGUUCAAGAGAAAAGACUGAUAUGGUUCUGGGAGUCUGUCGCUCUGAUUAUCCUCAGCAUCAUCAUCUAUCUCUGUGACCAUGUUCCUUACCUGCUCAUCUUCCUGGCUGUUGUUACAUUUGGUUACACACAGUCUAUCUCCUUCAACUUGUAUCGCUGGUGGACACAAAUGAAAAAUAGGUGGGAUGAACACCAGCAGCAUCAAGAUAGCAUGACAAGACUACAGGUGCAGCUGGCCAUGCAUCGACAGCAGCAGCAGCAGCAGUUGCAGCAGCAUGGGGAGGAAGCACUGCAUCUGAGAAUGGCCUUUAACCACCACCCACAGCAUCUUGUCCAGCAGAACAUCUUCAAUGCCACAGCCUCAAAUACAAAGAAAACUGACCAGGAGGAGAAGGGGAUCUACAAGUCUAUAUGGGCUAAGACACCGAAGAUUCAGUUUAUUAGUCUGUUCAAAAGGGCAAAAGGAGAGGAAAAUCAAGAGAAUACUGCAAGUCCUAGUCCAACUGCUCCCACACCUCCUAUGAAGAAGCAAGAGUUUAGCUUUAUGCCUUCACUUCGUGCAAAAUCCAGCUUUGGAGGAGGUCAGCAUUUUGCAACUACCAAGGAUGAUUCUCCUCCUGCUAAACCUUCGUGGUAUGGAGAUAGUCUUUCCCGUAAGCCUUUGCGAUCAGCAAGGCCAGUGCCUUAUCCACAGCUGUCGAGGCCUGAAAAUGAUUCUUUACGGACAAAAAUUAUGUCCAAAUUUGGAUUUGUAUCUUCUGACUCUACACCUCUGGGUUUGAGGAAUGAAGGGCAAAAUCUCUGUUUUAUCAAUGCUGUUGUGCAGUGUCUUGCAAGAACACCUGGACUUAAUUCAGAACUUGAAAUUGAGGCCUCGUGUAAGGACUCUGACUGUAGCAUGGCGGAGUCCUUACUUCUGAGCACUCUGUCCGAGUUGAUACAGAAUUGUUAUAGGAAGUCAGGCAGUGGGAGACCCUUACUGGACCCCAUAACGUUUAGACAGGCUGCAUCGUCCCUCAAUCCCAAUCUUGUGGCACUGCCUACUCAACACCAAUCCCAGCAGGAUGCAGCAGAAUUCUUCAUGUGGCUGGUGGAAUCCCUCCAUUCAAUUAUCAACCGAAACAGAAAGUCGAGGUCAAAUGCAAAAUCAGCACCGAAAGAAUCCAGCAGGAUGAAGGUGAUGAAAUUUAUUUAUGGGGAUUUGACGCCAGCAAAAGUGUCGGACCUGAAGCAAGCAUGUAAACAAGAGAUUGAUGCAGCUCAUGGUUUGUUGAGUGAUUCCUACGCGGAAUCGGUUCAGAGACUGUCAGACCUGGAAUGGAUGUCUUACAAACAAGAGAGUUCCUCAGCCGUUGACAACCUCUUCACAGGACAGUUAGUGAUAGCCUAUCACUGUCUGGCAGACAACCACAUAUCAGUAAACAUGCAGACUUUCAACAUAUUGCCAGUGCCUAUAGAGGCUCCGAGGGAGGUCAAUGGUUUAGUCCAUUUAAGUGACUGUUUUACCAAAUUUUGUAAUGUUGAGCAUUUAGUUGGACAAGAUGGACUUGAGUGUUCAUUCUGUAAUGCACAGAGAACAAGGCGAUUAGAACAAGUGAGAAGUCCAGUUAGUACCCCCUACCUCAGAAACAAUUGCAACUUCAAAACUCCAAAUGCAAAUGGGAAAUCUAAAUUAUCCAGUGCUGAUUCGGCUGUCUCAGGGGUUGGGUCUCCUCUGGCUACAAAUUUCAUGUCCCCUAUACCUGGGGCAAGAGACUUUCUCAGUGACAGCGGUUUCCAGGACAACGUGUUCAAAACAUCCACCCCUAUCAUUGACAAUCAAAUCCCCCUUCCGCAACGCCUACGAGAUGGCCAGAGGCGCUGUUCACUUAGGCAACUGCCGGACUGUCUAGUGAUUCAGUUAAUGAGGUUCUCAUUCAAUAUGUUCACAAGGCAGACAAACAAAGUCCAUUCUCCUGUCUCGAUUCCUUUGACCAAUCUUGAUCUCACGGAAGUCAUGUUUGACACCAUCACAAAUCGCGAAGACUUAGCAGAAGAAGAUGCAGUCUAUAAGUACAAUUUAUAUGGAGUGUGUUGUCACUUGGGGGGUGACAGUGCCAACUAUGGCCACUACAUCAGCUACUGUCUCCAUAGUGACAACAAGUGGUAUAGAUUUGACGAUGAGCGCGUUAUAGAAGUGGACAUGGAAUAUGAAUUGAUAACACAUGAAAUCAGACAAAAUGCCUAUCUACUGUUCUAUAAAAAGCAGGGCAUGUCUGUUUGAUGCUGUAAAGAUUUCUGUAUAAUCUGGAAAGUUGAAUGUGUGAAUGUAUAUUUAUAUAUAUAUGAAUCCUGAAAAAAAAAAUGGCAAACCUUUCUUAAUACCAAUUCUCAAAGAUCGUUUUAUUUUUUUAUAUUUUUAUUAGAUUUUUGUCUUUAAACUGUAAAAAUGAACAUACUUGCAUUAUUUAUGUCCAAAUGAUUUGAUAGAUUUAGCAUGAUUAAGAUACUAGAAUGUUUGAAAUGAACUUUUAGCAUUGGAACUGUCUGGAAUGAUCUUGAUGAUAGCAAAUGUAUAGUAUGUUGUUUUAAUGUCUUAAAAAUUUGUACAUAUCUUCUGUGUAAAGUAUUCAAAUUGAAAGAGGUGAAUGAAGUAUCAUUUAGGAGGUAUACUACAUCGUCAUAAUGGCUGACUUCCUUUUAAAACAGGAACGAAAAUAUGAGUAUCAGCAAUAUUUGUAUAUUCCUUUUCAAUCUAAAUGCCUAGCUGAGUAGCUGAGUUUGUUAACAUGUCGACUACUGAUCUGUAGAUCAAGGGUUCGAGUCCAGCAGUGGUUUUAAAAAAUUUUUCAAAUGACUUUCUACUAAAAUUGUAAUUAUUUUGACUGAAUUUGAAAGUUUUCAAUUGCAAAAUAUUGUUGUACUUAUCCUCCACUUUUUGUCCUGGUGUAGUAUUCCUUAUUAAUGGUAUUAGAUUGAAUUGGGUUCCAGUGGAUUUUUAAGGGUUAAGGACAUAUGCGGCGUUCCUCAAUAAUAUAUAAUUUUGCAUGACAUUUCACGUACAAUUCGCUUGCGUUCUAUCUCGUUUGUACAAAAAAUCUAGGGGUAUAUUUUAAGGUUUGUUUUAAAGGUAGAAAUGUUUGGAGUUUCUGGUUGUUGGAAGUAAAAAUGUAAAGUCAGCGCUUACGUAUUACAGUAAGUUGUAUAAAAGGACAUUACUGUAGCAAAGAUAAAAAAAAUCUUUGGGACUAUCUGGUAUCGAACCCGAGACUCUUGCAUUACUAGUUAGGUGAUCAUUCUCUCACCAGAGGGCGCGUUAAUAUGCAAGCUUCACUUACACCGCUGUCAACGCUUGGAAUCACGUGACUAUAUAAUCACGAUAUAGUUAUUCUUGUUUCCUUUCCCUUUAAAAGUUCUGGCAAUAGGUGAUACAUCAGGCUCUAUGUUAAGUACAUUUUUUAAAAUCAUUUAGCUGUUUGUCUCUUAUUUUACAAGUUUUAUCAAAUUUUUCGCAGCCUUUCUUACUUUUGAUUCAAUGUUUACAUUAAAUCUCCACCAUGUGAAUGUCUUGCAUUCAUAUGCAUAUUAUGAAGUAGUUCCAAAUUUAAGGUCAGAAAACAGCGAUUUUAAACAUGAUUUAAUUGCACCAAAAGCAUUUCAAUAUGACUAAAUAUUUAGUCCAAAACAUGAAUGUUGGAUAUUAGAAACUUCUGCAACUUGACCGUUUACAGAGGUAUAGUGUGAGUAGCGCAUGGAACUCGGGGGUAGAGAAUGGUCAGGUAAUCUAACCACUGAGGUACCCAGGUGGAUAUACAAAAUAAGGUAAUAUCAUGGAUGAAAUUUCAACCUACUUUGGAAAUCGUACAAGAACUCUUCAAAUUGAGGAGGUGAAAAACUUGGUUUUGAAUGGAGUAUUAAAUUUUUUUUACUUCUAAAUGGUCAUGCCACUUUCAAGGGGAGAUAAUUAGAUUAGAGUGGAGUUGUUAAAAAAUGUUUCUGACUAUUCUAUAGGUAGUUGCAGAUUUGAAUGAUCCCAUGUGUCUAAGUCGAAAGUGAUUCAAAUAGUGUCUGGAUAUUAUUUAGACCAUGUAGUCCAAUGGAGGUUUGAUGUACCUGUACACCUUAGUAGAUAUCAAUCUAAAAUAUUUUAAAAUAGAUUUUUUCUACUUGUUCCAAAACUAUAUGUUGGAAUCCAUCAUAUUGGAAUGAGUAGUAAAGGUCUGAUUUUAAUUAGGUUAAGUGGACAUGUCCGGCAUUUAUCAAGGUGAUCCUAAUUUGUGAACAUUGAGAAAUGGUUGAUGUUUUUCUUUUACUGUAGCUCCUAAUAACAACCCUAGAUUGCCUCCGUUUUCUUAUUCCAUCAAAUUGGGGCAUAAAGACACCAAAAAAAAAACCCAAAUCACAUAAGCAAAGAAUUUUUUGAAUUUUCACUUUUGAGUAGAUGAAAAAAAAGAACAAACCAUACAUGUAUAUUAAGCCUUAGUGAGGAAUUCUCAGACAGUAUCUUGUGAAUUUUGUAUUUAUUUUAUACUUCUUGAAUUUUGUAUUUCAGGUAGCUAUUGAAUUAUGUGAAUUUGAAACAAUUACAUGCAUAAAGAAAAAUGUAAAGAAUGUC